AUGGGACUUGAGGAUCAGCAAGAGGAGCGCGAGGUGCUCGAGUCUAUCUUUCCAGAGGAGAUCACAUGGGUUUCCGACACAGAGUUCCGAGUCCUAGUCCAACUCGACGAUGGCCGACAUGAGGAUGAAGAGCGCGAAGAUGAGCAACCCCAAAUCAUUCUCAACGUCCAAUACCCGCCUUCCUACCCCGAAGAAGCCCCCCGCCUUGACAUAACCCAACCGCCCAACACCCGCAAACACCCCCACCUCGACAUUCAAGACGACAAGGCCCGUCUCCUCUCCUCUCUCACCAGCACCAUUGACGAAAACCUCGGCAUGCCCAUGAUCUUCACCCUCGUCACCGUGCUCAAAGACGCGGCCGAAGCGCUCAUCACCGAGCGCCAAAACGCAAAGGAAGUCGAAGCCAGCAUUGAAGCGGCCAAGAUUGAAGAGGCCGAGAAUAAAAAGUUUCAGGGCGAGGCUGUGACGCGCGAGAGCUUUUUGGCCUGGAGGGAGGCGUUUCGCAAGGAGAUGGAGGAGGAGGCGAGGCGGGUGGCGGAGGAGAAGGAGGCCGAGGAUAAGAAAAAGAGGAUUGUCAAGGAGGAGAGAAAGUUGACAGGGAAGGAGCUGUGGCAGCAAGGCUUGGUGGGCAAGGUGGAUGAGAGCGAAAGUGAGGAUGAGGGGGUGGAUUUGCAAAAGUUGAAGAUUGCCGAGGUGGCCUCGUGA